CACGGGGACCACAGCACGCUCCCCAAGCUUGCGCCUACCGGUUAUUUAUGUACAUUUAUCUCCGGGACUUCGAAACCUGUCAGGUGCCUCCCAAGGAGUGGAGCUACCAACCUCACCGAUCUGUUUUAUCUUGAAUCCUGGUGGGAUCACUGAUGAUCUUUGUUGCUGCCCUCACCAACUCCUGUUUUGCUCCCGCUCUUCCUCCUUAUCCCUCUCCUCCCCUUUCUUAAACUCCCCUCCCCUCCUCGCCUGUGUCUCCCAGCCCCGGGCUUAUUACUCAAACCCACUGAAGGGAGCAACACAGUAGCUGGCAAAGGAUGAAGCGGGUCUGCCUGCCAACACCAGACAGACGAUAGAAGACACAAAAGGACCAGCGAAGGGGAGAGAAACAGAGAGGUCGACUAGUGGAGAGAGCUACAACGAAGCUGUGAGAGAAGCAACAACAACAUUCAAGAUGCCACACCGCAGGAAAAACACAAGUUUCACUUGAGCGUCAUGAGCUAGCAAGGGGCCCCUAACAGAUCUAGAACUGUGGACUUCUUCUGAACAAACGUUUGCCUCACACACACAGAAAAAGUUGUGGAGACACACACUCCUGCUCGCUGGGGCUCCUUAUUAACACCUGGUAUGCCUCUCUAAGAAGUGUUAGCCAUGCCAGCCAAGGGGAAGUACCUGUUGAACGACCAGGAGCUAAAAAAUGAGGCAUUGUACCGUAAAUUCUCCUGCAUCAGCCAGUAUCAGCCGCUGGUGCUCCUGCUGGGCCUGUCCAUGCUCUCCUGUGGAAUCCUCCUUAUCCUCUUCUUUGCCCUUCAACUGAGUGCAAAGGACCACUGUGCCUUUGUGAGUGUGGUAAGCGGCAGCCUGUGUGUGUUCCUGGCCGUGUUUGUGCUGGUGUGUACAGAGAUACUCUCACAGCGAUGGAGGCGUCUACUGGGCCUGAUUGUCUGGGCCACACAUCUCACCAUGGGCUACACCUUCAUCUUCCGCAGCCCCAUUAUCCUGCCUUGGGACCAGGUGCCUUUCUUUCUCUUCAUCAUCUUCACUGUGUACACCAUGCUGCCAUUCCAGUUGUGGUACGCUGUGGUGCUGAGUGUCAUCUCCUUCCUGUCCCACAUUAUGGCCCUCACAGUGCGCCUCACCAUUUACAGGACUGAGCACAAUCCUCACCUUGCUUACCAGCUUCUGUCCAAUCUAGUGAUAUUUCUGUGUGGCAGUGUGGUGGGAGCCUUUCAUAAGGUCCUGAUGGAGAAAACCUUAAGGCAGACCUUCCAAGACACCCUUAGGUGCCUGAGCAUGCGGAUGAAGCUGGAGAUAGAAAAAAGACAACAGGAGAACCUGCUGCAGUCUGUGCUGCCAGUCUAUAUCUCCAUGAAGAUGAAGCUGGCAAUCAUGGAGCGCUUGCAAGACUGUAAAGACAAAGCAGAGCAACAGCGACUGGUCAAAGACAAUAACUUCCACAGCCUUUAUGUCAAGAGGCAUGAGAACGUAAGUAUUCUCUAUGCCGACAUUGUUGGCUUCACCCGGUUGGCCAGUGACUGUUCACCCAAGGAGCUAGUCAUCAUGCUCAAUGAAUUGUUUGGAAAAUUUGACCAAAUUGCCAAGGAAAACGAAUGCAUGAGAAUCAAGAUCCUUGGAGAUUGCUACUACUGUGUGUCAGGGCUGCCGGUCUCUCUUCCCAAACAUGCCAAGAACUGCGUGAAAAUGGGCCUCGAUAUGUGUGAAGCCAUCAAGCAGGUACGUGAGGCCACAGGAGUGGAUAUCAACAUGAGAGUGGGUGUGCAUUCGGGCAACGUGCUCUGCGGUGUUAUUGGCCUUCGCAAGUGGCAGUUUGAUGUGUGGUCACAUGAUGUCACUCUGGCCAAUCACAUGGAGUCGGGAGGCCUUCCAGGACGUGUCCACAUCACAGAGGCGACUCUGAAGCACCUGAACAAGGCUUAUGAAGUGGAAGAGGGUAAUGGCAACAUCAGGGACCCCUACCUAAAAGAGCUCAAUGUCCAAACCUACCUGGUCAUCGAUCCACGGUCGAAGGACCCGUCACUGAACCCCCGUAGCAUGCCUAAACCUCGUGUGAAUGAUGGCCUGAAGAUGCGGGCGUCUGUGCGUAUGACCCGUUACCUGGAAUCCUGGGGGGCCGUCAAACCUUUUGCCCACCUCCAGAGCCGAGAGGGCUUCACCACAGACUCCAAUGGAAAGUCACACUGCAAGGACAUUCCCCUUCGACCAGCCCCCGGCUCCAAGAUCACUGAGAGCUUUGAUGAGUCUCUAGAGGAACCAUUCACCUUGCCCACACCUCCAUUCAGCAGCUAUAAGAACAAAUCCCAGAAGAGUAAGUUUGACGAGGAGCUGCACAAUGAGAUGACCACGACCAUAGAUGAGCUCAGCAGCAAGCAGUGGUCUAAGUCUGAAGAGAGUGUCAGAUUAGCUUUGUGGUUUCCAAAGAAAGAUCUGGAAAAACAGUACCGAGCCCUGGAUUUGCCGAUGUUCAAAUACUAUGUUGGCUGUGCCACCCUCAUCUUCCUCUGCAUAUUUUUGGUUCAGAUGCUUGUUACAAAGGAUCGACAGAUGUUGGGGAAGUCAUUUGGAGUUUUGGUUUGUGUGCUGCUGCUGACCCUGGCCAUCUGUUUCGCAGGUCACUUACAGCGGCUAUUUCCAGAGAAGCUGUCAAGGUGCCAGUGGCUGCCAGCUGUGUCAGAGGCGGUGGUAAAGCGGCCGUGUGUGCGCCUCCCUCUGGCGACCAUCACCACUGCGGUCAUCAUUAUUUUGGCAGUGUUCAACCUGUGCUUUGUCCCGACAGAUGUGACACGAGACAUUGCUGACCUUUGUCACGCAAAUCAUACCCAUGAGCAGGGAUUAGAUGGAGGCCUUUUCUACCUGCCUUACUCUGUGUACUGUUGUAUCCUCUCCCUCAUUGCAUGUGGAGUCUUCCUGCGGGUGAGCUUUGAGCUCAAAGUGCUCUUCCUCACCCUGGCCUCCACAGCAUACUACAUCAUCAUCCUCAGCACCAAGAGGGAACUGUUUGUGGUCUACGGAUAUUUCCUCUAUGCUCAGACCAAUAACAGCUGGAACUGCAGCAGGUUGGAUUCAAUCAGAGAAGAUGAAUCCAUCCUGAGAUGGAUAGGGCUGGUGAAACACCCCCAGGUGAUGAGUUGCAUAUACAUCACCUUGUUCCUGGUUACUAUGGUCAUCAUUGCACAACAGAAUGAGUCCUGCUUCCGCCAAGACUUCCUACUAAAGUACAAGAACCACACAGAGCAGGACGAGAUCGAGACCAGGGAGAACCUGAACCGCCUUCUGCUAGAGAACGUGCUGCCGGCCCACGUGGCAGCGCUGUUUGUUGGGGAGAAUAAAAAGAACGAGGACCUCUACUACAAGUCGUAUGACUGUGUGUGUGUGAUGUUUGCCUCGGUGCCGGAUUUCAAAGAGUUUUACACUGAGUGUGAUAUCAACAAGGAGGGCCUGGAAUGCUUGAGGCUGCUCAACGAGAUCAUCGCCGACUUUGACGAGCUGCUGUCCAAGCCAAAGUUCAGUGGUGUGGAGAAGAUCAAGACAAUUGGCAGCACUUACAUGGCUGCUGCUGGGCUUAGUGGGACGCCUGGUCAGGAGAACAAUCAGGACAUAGAGAGGCAACAGGCCCAGAUAGGGAACAUGGUGGAGUUUGCCAUCGCUCUGAUCGGCAAGUUGGACGGCAUCAACAGACAUUCCUUCAAUAGCUUCAGGCUCCGUGUGGGCAUUAAUCAUGGCCCAGUGAUAGCUGGAGUGAUCGGGGCGAGGAAGCCUCAGUAUGACAUCUGGGGCAACACGGUCAAUGUAGCCAGCAGGAUGGAGAGCACCGGGGAGCUCGGAAAGAUCCAGGUAACAGAGGAAACGUCCGCCGUGCUACAGAAGCUGGGAUACUCGUGCGAGUGUCGAGGAUUUAUCAAUGUCAAGGGGAAAGGGGAGCUAAAAACCUUCUUUGUGUGUACCGACAUGAGCAAGCAGCAAGGUAUGGGGCUGAGCUGAGGCUGGGCCUCCACAGUCAACAGAACUGGAGAUAGGCUCAUGCUCGAGUCAGAGUUUACAAGCUCCUGCACACAAGUGUUGAGACAGAUGUGACUGUAAUACAGCUAUGUUCCAGUGACGUUGCUGAAUGAAAAUACUGAGGAGUAUUAUGGACUGCCGCCACGCUGUGUGGUGGAUGUGACAUUGAACUCUCUGCUUGGGACCCUUUUUGUCAGAUCAGGAUGUGGCGGUCAUGAUGGAGAGAUGGUCAGUACGAACAAUCACCAUCUUUUUCUAUUCACAAACACAUUCACAUCCAAUGAUCAGUCACUUUUGUACCUUUUUUUCUGUCUUUAACUUAGAUGUUGUUUGUGAAAGAAAAGAUGUAUAUUGUACUAAUGCCAAAUACAGUUAUGUAUUUUUGAAGACCUGUUUGGUCCUAUGAAAACAAAACAAUGGAUUCUGUUUGGAUCAUAAUGUGAAACCUAUCUAGUUUUCCUGUUUUAGAAGGGAUGGACACUCUGCUCUGUUACUGUGUAAUGAGCAAGAUAUAUGUGAGGCGGUUGGACAGAGCUGUUUCAAUGUCAGGAACAGGCUGUACAGUAGAUAUAGAAAAGCUAUUUUCUUUCUUCUUUCUGCAAGACAUAUUCAGACAACAAAAAGUAAGUUUCACUUUCUGGCCAAGCUACAAAUCCUAAAAUUAAUGUAUCCUCAGCACCUUUGAUUGCGACAUAAGUUUAGGUUUAACAACUCUUUACGUGAAGCUCUUUUAGGUUCCAGCUGUGCAGUUUGGCCCAAGUAAUAUAUACGACAAGAUAUUUGCUGUGUUUCAAGAGGAGGAAGACAAAUCUGUGUGCUGUAUGUAUGCCAUCUGUUAAAUGUUUAUUCUGCUCAGAUAAGAAAACAGUUUUCAGUGUCUUUAGCUGCCUGUCUGCAAAUAUGCUGCAAUGCGGGAAACCUAUGACACUCUCCUCGGUGUCCUCAGUCUGUGUGAUCCAACUAUCUGCCUGCUGUGAAUGUUUUUUCUGGCUCCAGCUCAGAUGUGAUCAUCUGACCCGAUCUGGAUCGCUCUCUGUGCCUCUGAAAACUUAAUUUGUCUCGUGGCCUUACCUUUUGAGACCACCAACUUGUCUGUAAUUGUGGUUACAUAAUAAUAAUGUAUUGGCCUUUGUGUGAACAAAUGUGAUAUUGAAUUUUGUACAGCUACAGAAUGUAAUAAAUGUUUU